CUUGCUUUUUAUUGACCAAGUGAUGGGUUUUAUCAAUUGUUUACAUAAACAGGCCUCUGUCUGGCACCCCAGUAGAGCCUGCCGGAAGCAGGGCACAGGGACAGCAGGAUACAGGGACUCAGGGACAGCAGGAGAGCGGGACACGGGGACUGCAGGAGUGCCGCUCGCAGCCCGCACUGCGGCCCCAGGACACAGAGUGUGACACCGCCCGAGCUCUCUGCUGCUUGCCCGGUUUGGCUCCCCGGUUAGCUCCCCGGUUUUCACAGUGACCUGUGCCCUCGCUGCCGCUGGGCAGCUUAGAGUUCCCGGGCAAAGGGCGAUAGGGCGCCAACGGAUGCCGCGCGCGUCAGCGCACCGAGCUGGGAUAAAGCUGCGGGAGCCUCGGUCCGUUCGCUUAGGCUCCGGCUCCUAAGAAAAGCCAUGAGCGGGACCCCCGGGCUGGGAGCGGUGUCGAAAAGCAAUGAACGGGACUCCCGGGCUGGGAACGGUGUCUCCGGUGCCGGUGUCCGCUGCGGGUGCAAGUACCAAGUACGGGCGGGGGGAUGGGGGGUGGGCCUCCGGGGGGGCUGUCACGUGGGCUGAGGGAGAGCCGUGCAUCCAACCAGACAUGGGUGCUUCUGCGCAUGCGCACUCCUGCUGCUCAGAGGCCUAAGGGGCCACGCCUGCGCACUGCUGCGCCUCGUGGCGCCUAGCGGCACUUCCGCCCUCACCCGGAGCCCGGCAUCGCCCCGUGGUUUUGCGACAGCCGUAAGUGCGCGGGGCGCCCGGCGGAGCGGCGGGACCGGACGGGACGGGGGCGGCGGCGGCGCGAUGAGGCCGCAGCAGGCGCCUGUGUCGGGCAAGGUGUUCAUCCAGCGCGACUACAGCGGCGGGACGCGGUGCCAGUUCCAGAGCAAGUUCCCGGCCGAGCUGGAGAACAGGAUUGACAGGCAGCAGUUUGAGGAGACAGUCCGAACACUGAACAACCUCUAUGCAGAAGCUGAAAAACUUGGGGGCCAGUCUUACCUUGAGGGUUGUCUUGCCUGCCUGACUGCCUACACCAUCUUCCUGUGCAUGGAGACACACUAUGAAAAGGUUCUAAAGAAAAUUGCUAAGUUCAUUCAGGAACAGAAUGAGAAGAUCUACGCUCCUCAGGGCCUUCUGCUGACAGACCCUAUUGAAAGAGGAUUAAGAGUUAUUGAAAUUACCAUUUAUGAAGACAGAGGUUUGACCAGUGGAAGAUAGAACUGUGGCAUCUCAGAUGAUAGCUCACUGGUGGACUUGCUGUACCAAGAUUCCCCUACCUCCUAUUUUAGAGCAUCAUUCCUUUCUCUGCUGCCAGAUCCACAGUGCCAUCUACUACAAGGACUAACUUCCUCAAACUGCUCCCCAAGGGGUGACCUAGCUGCUCAGCAUCCACUUUGCAGUAGAUUUGGAAGCAACAGGAUCACUUUUGUUUGGUUUGUUGGUUUUUUUUCCUCAAGAAAAGGCAGAAGUAAGGCAAAAGUAAAGGUAAAGCUGUGUUCUCUUCUGAAAGAAAUGGGGCCCUCAGCCCGACAGAGGUUUAGUUUUAGUCCUGUGAGUGUAAUGCUGUUCCUCCCUGGUUUUAAACCCUUCUGUGUGUCAGUUGGGUUUUGGAAAACUCCAGCUCGAAGUUGGGAAUUUGCCUCCAGUUCAGUGUUAGAAUGCAGAGAUACACAGUGCCUCUUCCCAGUGAGGAGUGACUCAAGGCAAUGUCUGUUGUGCUGAUCUUUGUGGAAAACCAAAAGGCAAAGUGUUCCGUGUGUUAAUGUCUUGGUUAUCCCUGGAGGGGGGGUGUAGCCAGACUAACCCUGGUGGUUUUUAUUCCCCUUGUCUGUGCUGUUGUUGGCCCCAUCAGUGCUCACCAGGAGGGGCCUGGUCGGCUACGAAACAGUGAGCACAGUAAAGUGGAUGCUGAGCCAAUAAAAAUAACGAUUCCCACCCUUCUCUGAUUAAUAUGUGAAGUGUAAAACUGUUUCUUUAUGGAUUUCUUAUAUAUAAUUUAUAGGAAAACAUUGAUUUGACAAACUGUAAGAUACUGUGUAAGAUGGAUUUCUUAAUUCUGUCUGCUGGCACACAUUGAGGAGUUGAGCUGUGCAUUCCUUAGCGUCCCCGUGCAUUGCUCAGCAGUACCUGCAUGAGCGAAGUUUCCCACAAUCCAAGCUGGCUGAAUUUCUUCUCUUACAUCCCUUUCCCGUGUCAAAGCCCCGGUGUCCUGAUGGAGGGGCCGAGUGUGGGUGUCCAGUUGUGGAAGGAACUCGGGAGUUCAGAAGAGACGCUUAGCAGGGGUGGAGGGGCUGCACUGCCUGGUGGUGCUGCUGCAGGUGCUAACACUGGGUAUGGAGCUCCGGGCUCAUUCCUCAGCCACUGGGGGUUUGAGAUUUGAUGAAUAUUUUCAUUGUAUAAAAUUUGUUUUUUCUAAACUGUAACAGUGUUUGCCUUUCACAGCUGUUGCAAUAUUGGUAGAAGUACUGAUGGAUCAGUAAACCUUUUCUUAAACUGUG